GGACCGAGGAAGGACGCCUGAGUCCGCAAAGCUUCCAGAUGGCUGAAUUGGAUCUAAUUGCCCCAGGGCCUCUGACCGGGGUCACUGUUCACCCUUUGGCUCCUCUCGGCCCAGACCCUGGGUCAGCUAUUCCAAUAGGAAAAGAAGAUGUGGACCUUCUCAGCAAGCCAGGCGAGGAAACCCAGGGGCAGGGUGACCUCGCAAAGCUCGGGGCUCCUGGUGAUGAAGAGGAGGGACAGAUCCUGUGUGACUUCUGUCUUGGGGCCAGCAGAGUAAGGGCUGUAAAGUCCUGUUUGACCUGCAUGGUGAAUUACUGUGAGGAGCACCUGCGGCCACACCAGGAGAACAGCAAACUGCACAGCCACCAGCUAACCGAGCCCACAAAAGACCAGGAUCUGCGCACCUGCCCUGCCCACCACAGCCCUUUGGUUUCCUUCUGCCACACGCACCAGCAGUGUAUCUGCCAGGAAUGCGGCACGGGUGAACACAGAGGCGACAGCACUGUCUCCCUGGAUGCAGCCCGCAGGAGCAAAGAGGCUGACCUUCGGUGCAUGCAGCUGGACCUGGAGCAGAAGCUCAAGUUGAACGAAAAUGCCAUUGCCCGGCUCCAAGCCAACCACAAGUCUGUUUUGGUGUCCGUGUCAGAGGUGAAGGUGGUGGCUGAAGAGAAGUUUGGGGAACUCCUCGCAGCCGUGAGGAAGGCCCAGACUGAUGUGAUGCUCUUCUUAGAGGAGAAAGAACAGGCUGCACUGAAUCAGGUCAACGGCAUCAAGACCCACCUGGAGCACAGGAGCAUCGAGAUGGAGAAAAACAAGCAGGAGCUGGAGAAGUUGGCCUCCAUCAGCAACACUGUGCUCUUCCUGGAGGAGUACUGCAAGCUUAAGAAGACAGAGGACACUGCCUUCCCCAGCGUUUACAUCGGGCUGAAGGAUAAACUCUCAGGCAUCCGCAAGGUCAUCACAGAGUCAACUCUGAACUUGAUCCAGUUGCUAGAAAGCUAUAAGGAAAAGCUUCAGGAAUUUUCCAGGGAAGAAGAAUAUGACAUCAGAACUCAAGUGUCUGCCAUUGUCCAGCGCAAGUACAGGACCUCGAAACCCGAGCCCAGAACCCGGGAUGAGUUUCUUCAAUAUGCCUGUGACAUCACAUUUGACCCAGACACAGCACACAGGUACCUUCGCCUGCAGGAGGAUAACCGCAAGGUCACCAACACCACACCCUGGGAACACCCUUACCCAGACCUCCCCAGUAGGUUUCUGCACUGGCGGCAGGUGCUGUCCCAGCAGAGUCUGUACCUGCACAGGUAUUAUUUUGAGGUGGAGAUCUCUGGAGGAGGCAUCUAUGUUGGCCUGACCUGCAAAGGCAUCGACCGUAAGGGGGAAGAACGAAACAGCUGCAUUUCUGGAAACAGCUUCUCCUGGAGCAUUCACUGGAGUGGGAAGGAGUUCACGGCCUGGCACAGUGACACAGAGACUCCGCUCAAGGCCAGCCCCUUCAGGAGGCUUGGCAUCUAUGUAAAUUUCCCAGGAGGAACCCUUUCCUUCUAUGGUGUAGAAUAUGAUGCCAUGACUCUGAUUCAGAAGUUUGACUGCAAGUUCUCAGAGCCACUCUAUGCUGCUUUCUGGCUGUCUAAGAAAGAAAACACCAUCCGGAUUGUGGAUCUGGGAGAGGAGCCUGAGAAGCCAGCUGUACCCUCAGUGGAGGCUGCUCCCUAGAUUCUAGGAUCCCAGACUGCUAACUGUGACAACUGGGCAGCAGCUGGUAUUUUAAAGUGGACAGAGAUAUCUGCUGAUGGUAGUUGGCUUUAGAAGUUGUGUAGGGGUCCAGUGGGUGGCUGGUUCUUUCCUUUUGUCCGGCGGCCGGCUAGGAGCAGCAUCGGAGAGCUGGGAGCCGCGGACACCGACCGCGAUCCUGGGAAAGGCCAUGGAUAGAUCAGACAGUGAGGCUCCCUGUAGAGCUGUGGUUAUGUCAGUCUGCCUUGUGCUUGCCUCUAGGGCGUCCAGCUUUGUCCAGUAGGCAGCAGUGUCUGCUCAAGGCCGGGUGUAAAUAAAAACUAUCAAAAUCAAAAAAAAAAAAAAAAAAAAAAAAAAAGAAGUUGUGUAGAUCCUGAAUGAACUUUCCCACUUGCAGAAACUCUAAGGCACCAAAAGCCUCUCCCCAAAUCUAGUGAUGGUCUCCUGUCUGCUCAGGCAAUUGUCACCCUUCCUCCAGACUAGGGAUCUUCAAACCAUAACCAGACUGUGAGGGAUCAUAGUAAAUCACAAAGACGUCGCUGCACGUUUCUUAUGUGCUGGCCAGCGUUCUGAAACCUUCCUCCGUGUUAGUUCAGAUCAUCUUCCUGAGAUAAAUGUUUAUAUUGAACUUGUGAUGACGUUAUGCUUACCUCAUUAGAUCAUGAAUGCUGUGCGUAAGGGGUAAACCACAUGCUAAACCACAUAGCCAACAGUGUUUUCAGCAUCCCUCUUAAGAGUUUGUGUUUUUCUGCAGGUGCCAGGCUCAACUUGGUCAUCCAGCCUUGCCCCAUCUGAGCAAGGCCUCACCCCUCACACAUCAUCAGAGUCAGCGGCACUGAAUGGUUUUGAACAGUGAGAUUUAGAAUAGAUGUUUUUAGCAAGGUCUUUUGAGAGGCAUAGUCAUCCUCUGUUCUAAGGCUAUCCAGUCUUCGUGGACUUGUCUAUUUUCUUGUGCAAAUGGAUAGUUCCCCAGGCAUUUAGAGACAGUAUUCUCCUCUCCCAGGAGCUGUACUCAUGUAUUUGUGCUAUGUUGAUACUUCCUACCCUGAUCCUACUUCCCCCGACACCCUGUUGAUGAUGUCAUUCUCCCUUAGACAGGUGAUGGACAUCCAUCAAGCCUUUAUGCACACCAUCUUAAAAUAGGUUUCCGUUGCCCUAACUUGAAGUCCCUAGUGGGCUUUACCAGCAAUAUUACUUCCGUGUCCUUUCCCAUGCUCCAUGUCAGGGCAAAUCUUCCUGUUCAACCAGUCUUGUGAUCCUAGGUUUCUUUACACUUCUCUGACUUGAGUCUGAGACUCUGUGCCUUUGUCUCUAAGGACGUAAAUACUUUUCACUAACUUCCUCCUGCCCCUGCUGUGCACUGAGAUGUUUUCAUGAUCUAGUGCAUUAACUCUCUUUCCAGCAGAAAUAGAUUCCCUGCAGAGUCAACGGCCUUCUGUCAUGUCUGAACCAUCAAGGUUCAGACUUCAUUGGGUUAUUCAGGUUAUGAGAGGGCCAAAGGUUUGGCACACUCUAGCCUCUCAGGAGAAGUGCAGUGACAAGGCUCACUGCGUCUUUCUCACUGAAUAUCAUCAAAGAGCUUUUCUUACCUUUUUUUCUCUUUUCUUUUUACUUGGGAUAGGGCCUCACCUCGUAGCCUAAGCUGGUCUGGGAUACACUAUAUAUUCUCAGACUCAGUUGUCUCUUCUUAGCUUCCAAAUGCUCGGGUUAUAAGCAUGAGUUACCAGUGCGAUGCUUGGCUCAGCAAGGGCCCUUUUCAGUGACAGAAAUCAAUGUCUGAAUUUCUUGGAUCUAGCAAUUAAAGAAUACUCUUCAAAAGACAAAAUAAUUUCUUCUUGGCCUGCCCUGUCUCCUUUUUUUUUCUUUUUCUAUUUUAAAACAUUUUUUUAUGUUGAAUUUUAUUUUUAAUUGACACACAGUCACUGUGUAUACUUGUGGAAUUCAGUGUGGCUUUUCAAUGCAUGUAUGCAGUAAUAACCAAGUAAGAGCAUAUACUUAUUCCUAUACCAAAAAAUAUUUAUUUGUUGUGAGACCACUUCAAUUCUUGUCUUCCAAUUGUUUUGAAAUAAACUUUUUUUAAAAAAA